AUGGACAAAACCGUAUACUUAGUUGUUGGUGCUUCCAGGGGCCUUGGUUAUGAAAUUGCUAACCAAUUGAGCACAAAGGAUUCAAACUAUGUGAUCACCACCUACAGAUCGGUGGAAACCUCGGGCCAAUUGCUUAGUCUGGCCGAAAAGCCAAAUGUUGAAGCUAUUCAGCUUGACGUUGCAGCACAGUACUCAAUCGAUAAUCUACCCCACGAAAUAAAGAAAUUUACAGAUUCAAUGGAUAUUGCCAUUAUCAACGCUGGAAUAGCAGAGUCCUUCGGUAGCGUCUUAGAAUGCAACAGAGAUGCCUGGCUUCAGCAUUACACUACUAAUGCGCUAGGUCCAAUUUUGGUUUAUCAAAAGAUUCAUCCCUUCAUGUUGACGAAGUUCACCAGAAAAGUAUUCUUCAUUUCAUGCGCUGCAGGCUCCGCUCAAACCCUGCUGUCUAUUCCUUUUGGUGCUUAUGGACAAUCCAAAGCCGCUUUGAACUACUCUGUUAAGAAACUCAGCGAGGAGCAGCACAGCAACCAUUUCACUAUUGUGGCUAUCCAUCCAGGAACUAUAUUGACAGAAAAUAUCAAAGAAAAACUCAAGUUUGGAGACAUCGAUGUAAAAAACAAGAUACAAUUCAAGACUGUGUUGCCUGCCUUGGCUGCUGAACAAGUUCUUGUGGCAAUUGAUGUUUUGGGAGAACAAAGCAAUGGUAGGUUCGUAAAGGCUGACGAUUUGCUUGACAUUCCAUUUUAG